CUCUCUCUCUCUCUCUCUCUCUCCAUCCUCCCCCACACGGCAACCCAGCACAGUACAGCAGCAGCCCUGCAUCCUCCCUCCCCGGGUAGCAGAGCAGACAUCCCCAGCCUAGGUGGUGAGACACGGAGGAACACACCGAGUGAUGCUACUGCACCAACCGCUCCUCGCAUCAGCGAAAACACGCAGUGAAUAAAUCGCCACGUCUGCUGGAGGAAUAAAUAUAUUUUUUCUCGAGACAGCAACUGCCCAUGAAGAUGUCUAACGUUGAAAUGGUCAUAAACGCCUCUGAACGGGUGGUGAAAUCCGUGCCCUUCCCCCUGAGCCACCGCCUCUCCAUGAAGGAGGUGUUCGACUGCGAGGGGAAGCCGCGGGUGGACAUGCUGAAGGCGCACCUCACCAAGGAGGGCCGCGUGGAGGAGUCCGUCGCCCUGCGCAUCGUCACCGAGGGAGCGUCCAUCUUACGCAAGGAGAACACCAUGCUGGACAUCGAGGCGCCCGUCACAGUAUGCGGAGACAUCCACGGGCAGUUUUUUGACCUGAUGAAGUUGUUUGAAGUGGGGGGGUCCCCUGCCACAACACGGUACCUCUUCCUGGGAGACUACGUGGACCGGGGGUACUUCAGUAUCGAGUGUGUUUUGUACUUGUGGUCGCUGAAAAUGCUGUAUCCAAGGUCUCUAUUUCUGCUUCGGGGAAACCAUGAGUGCAGACAUCUGACAGAGUAUUUCACUUUCAAACAAGAAUGUAAAAUCAAGUAUUCAGAGCAGGUGUAUGACGCCUGUAUGGACGCGUUUGAUUGUCUUCCCCUGGCCGCCCUCAUGAAUCAGCAGUUCCUGUGCGUUCACGGUGGCCUCUCACCAGAAAUACACAACCUAGACGACAUUAAAAAGUUGGACAGGUUCAAGGAACCGCCUGCUUUCGGACCGAUGUGUGACCUGCUGUGGUCAGACCCUUUGGAGGACUUUGGAAAUGAGAAAACCCAGGAAUUCUUUAGCCACAACACAGUCAGGGGCUGCUCCUACUUCUACAGCUACCCUGCCGUGUGUGAGUUCCUACAGAAUAAUAACUUAUUAUCAGUCAUCCGAGCACACGAAGCACAAGAUGCCGGUUACAGGAUGUAUCGGAAGAGCCAAACCACCGGCUUUCCCUCUUUAAUAACCAUCUUCUCGGCACCAAACUACCUUGAUGUUUACAAUAAUAAAGCUGCAGUCCUCAAGUAUGAGAAUAAUGUGAUGAACAUCCGGCAGUUCAACUGCUCCCCCCACCCCUACUGGCUCCCCAACUUCAUGGACGUCUUCACCUGGUCCCUGCCUUUCGUCGGAGAGAAAGUUACAGAGAUGCUGGUCAACGUCUUGAGCAUUUGCUCCGACGAUGAGCUCAUGAACGACGGCGAGGAGAUCUUUGACGCCAAUGCAGCGGCAGCUCGGAAGGAGGUGAUCAGGAACAAGAUCCGGGCGAUUGGGAAGAUGGCAAAGAUGUUUUCAGUGCUGAGGGAGGAGAGCGAGAGCGUGCUGACACUGAAGGGCCUGACGCCCACUGGCAUGCUGCCCAGCGGGGCGCUCUCAGGGGGCAAGAAGACGCUGGAGAACGCCACCAUCCAAGCUAUAGAAGCCAUAGAGACGGAGCCUGAAGACGGAGAUGCGGUGCGGGGAUUCGCGCAGCACAAGAUCACCAGCUUCGAGGAGGCCAAGGGCCUGGACCGCAUCAACGAGCGCAUGCCCCCCCGCCGGGACACCGUCAACAACGUGGGACACUCCAUGGGCAAAAUGAACGUGUCGGAGCCCAACGGGACGGACGAUAACCGCAAUAUACAGUGAACCCCGCUGCCCCCACCCCCCCACCCCCCAAAACCCAACCCACCGCCCCCCCUUCCCACAGCCAGCGGUCAACCGUCCUCUGCUACCGCCAACACUACCUGCUCGUGUGUCACAACGCGGCUAAACCGUACACCAGUCCUCUCUGCUCUUCAAAGAAAAACCGAAAAAUUACUCUCAUUAUCUGCAACGACAAGAACAUCUUCAUCGACAGAAACGAACAAACUCUCGCUUGAAUAAUCUUUUUAAAGUAGGGAAAGCCGGUCUCCUUGUACAGGACACGGGACAGAAAGGUCGCUUUCGGUGUUUUUGACGGGGACGUUUCGCUCGUGGGGGAACUCGCUCUCUGACGGCGAAGCCCUCGUGUUCUGUCGAGAGGGGGAAAGGAUGGCAGAGUGAAGAAAGGGGAGGGGCGGGGUGGGAACAGGGGCAUGAAGAGGACAGGAAGUGCUCCCCUCCCACCCCCCCGGACUGCGUCAGCUGCUUCCUGUUCCCGUCCUCCCUCAGUCAGAUGGGGGUUUUGCAGGUUAUAGAUGGUUCUCUCACAAAUUCUCUCACUUAAUCAUGACAUAUUGGAGAGGGGAGUUUCGACAGUAUUUGCUCCAUAUAUAUUACAAUUUUAAUUAACGAUUCAAUUCAUAAUAUCUUAUACAAAAAUGAUCUUGCUAUUAAACAUGUUUUGCUACUAGUAUCAAUAAAUAAAAAUGACAAAAACGGUAUCUUAUUUAUAAAAGAAGGACAUUUAAAUAUGCGUAAAAUGUACGACUAUUUGCAAUGCAAUCCUACCUGAGAAAUUUUCUUUUUCUUUUUUUAAUUUUGUUUUUGUAAAAUGCCAUGAACCCAGGGGUGAGGCUUUGAGUGCUAAGCUGUGCACUCUACAGCGAAGCCAUUGGCGGCCAUGUUGCUCCGAGUUCAUACUGCGGUCUUAGUUCUGAUUCAGCCUUGCCACCACAUAUUUAACUGUUUCUCACUUGCCUGUAAUCAAAAAGAAAAAAAAAAACACACACGGUAUGUGUUGCUAAAGGAGUUUACCAGUUCAGUAAAAAGGUAACCAAACUGAAGACAAUAACUUGUACAGCAUCUAAAGAAGGCAUCAGUGCAUGCGGUUAAGUUCCUUACUGAUAUGUGAAAUUAUAUUUGUGCUGUGUUUCAAUAUAGUAGGUCUGAAUUAUUUCCCUCUUUAAAUUAAAUUUGUAAGGUUCUAUAUUGUUUUUUUAUAUGAUUUUUUAAAAAAAGAUUCAUAUUUUUCAUUUAUUUUUUCAUGAUUUUUUUCAUCAUUAUUUUCUUAUUUUUUUCCAUUUAAUUGCAUUUCAUUUUAAGUUAUGUUAUUGCUGUACAGCCACUGAAGCUCUUUCUAAGGUGUGAAACCUUGUGUUGUUUUUCUUCUGUUCUUCUUUCAUUGUACAGAAAUUGUUCAGUAGUGUGAAUGAACUUGUCAUUCAGACUGCCAAAGCAUGAUCGCAUGGUGUAAUGAAAUGUAAACAAUCGGACCUGGGCCGCGUGUCUCACUUUUAAAGGGGAAAACUAUAUUCGAAUUAUAAUUAUUGAUGAUAUUCUUAUUCUUAUAAUUAAGCUUUUUAAUUUAAAUUUUUUGUUUAUUUUAUUUUUUCCCUUAACUGUUAUCUGAUCCUUGUUUGGUCUCGCCGUGUUUACGUUGAAAAAGGAAUUUCAAUUUGUGGCAUUUUUCUGGUAUGUUUCCUCUGGAAGGGCAUUUUGGCAUUCUUCUUCCCAAACAGCACACACACACACUGUAAGCAUGACUUUUGGGACCAAUCACUUUUUUACUCUUGAAUAAAAUAUGCAUGAGCCAUG